AUGACUGGCGGUCAAAAUGAUACCGUGGAUGCCAGUGGUCUUGGCUUUUUUGCUGGUACAGCUGGCCCCACAGGCUCCACCACGUCCACUCAUGCCGGCUCUGGACUAUGUGAAGACUGGUUGGCAGCGACACUAUGUGGUCAGCCGGGAUGCCGAAAUGGACCCAGCCUACAAGCUGAGCGCCGAUUAUCCUCUCUUGGACACAGGCCUCUGCCACUCCACCUUCAGCCUCACCUUUAUCCGGACAUAGGACCUCGACUAACUGCGUCCACCAUCGCCUCGCUGGGGCCGGCUACCAGAAGUGGUGAAGUUGGAGGAGACAGUGGAGGCGCAGGGGGCAGUGCUGAUAGCAGCAUUGGUUCUGGGGGUCAUGGGCAAUUCUCGAGUCUCGCUCCGGUCAGCCCUGGCUCCCGCCAGCAUGCGUUCUACUCAAAUGCAUCUGUCUCUUCAAAUGAGCUUGCCGACACAAUGGCGAUUGCAAGUGCUGCAGCAGCUUUGGAUGCCGGAACGACUUCUAUUUUGCCAAAUAUUGCAAGUGAGACGCGACUUCAUCUUUCUCGUACUCCUCCAGGCCGUGUUAGAUCAGCCACUUGGUCGACAGCUUCUGGCAGAUUUCGAGGUCGCCGCUUAGCCAGAACUGGAAACAAUUCACUCUCAGGUGUCUACUCUGCUGGGGAGGCGUCGUUUGAGAGAGACGAACAGCUUGCGGAGGCGAUGGAGCCUGAGCUUAUCGAAAGGGAAAUGGUAGCCUGUGAUUCCAGAAACGAGCGUGCUGAAGAGGAAGAGGAGAGACUAGAGGAGCAGAACCAGGAUGCUGAUGAAGCAGAACGAGACAACCUAGAAGAUGAUGAAGAUGGAGACGAGAGCUGCAUGCGUGGAACUAGUGCUUCGACUCGAAAUGAUUCACUUUGGCGUAAUCUGGAACCCUCGCACAAUAUCAGCCUGCGUCAUGCUUCUCGAUGGUCUUUGCGCAGCUCAAGCGAGGCUCGCUACUCUCGUGGCGCAAUCAUAACACCAAGUCCCACAAUUCGUCGAAACUCUGCCUCUUGGGGGGUGCCUAGACGUUCAUGGGGUAUGGCUUCUGCUGCUCCAGCCCAACACGGUCGAAUUCGCUCGCGUUGCGUUGGCAGUAACGAUACCAGCAGGGCUCAAAGUCGAGGGCGAGCCAUUUCUCAUGUUUCUGCGACUCAGCAACCCCAACCUUCUUCUGAUGUGCCUAGGUCCGGUGAUUCAGAUGACUCCUUUUUACCUGAUAUAAUCUUGUCGGUUGAAAGUCUUAUCGUUCACAACACGGUUACUGGCAUCCUAACGGAAGAACGUGCCCACUCUCGAUCUCCGUUCUCAACGAAUAAUCGUCUACAGACUGCUCUGAGGGUUAGUCCCGGUGAUGAUGACGAUAUUAUUGAGGAGGAGGAAGAGGAGGAUUUUAGCAGAGAGACAGAAGACGCUGAGGAAGAGAUAGCUGAUAUCGAUGGAGACGGAAUGCUGGGUGAGGAAACAGAAGAUUUCUAUAAUGACUACUACAGAUCAUCAGGGAGCCUCUCUGGUCGUCGAAACCUAAGUGAGCAAAGGUCUCGAGCACGAAAUCGGACUCGAGCUUCUCGGGCUCAGUACCACUCACAUCUUGAGAUGCCUAGGUCCUCACUGUCUCCUGCAGUCACUAAUACUCACCUCUUGGCUUCGCCAACUGUAGCUUCUAGUUCGACACUAGAGACAAGUCUCUGCCAAGAUCGACGCUGGCGUGGUGGUAAUCCACAAAUUCGCGAUGGCAUCACUCGAUUCAACACUGACGUCAGCGCGCCGGGCGCGAUUAUCGCCCUUGGUUUGGCCUAUUUAGGAACCGAUCACCCAGGCGUAAGCCAGUGUCUGAUGCCUCCAGACUCUUUGCGCCAGUUUGACUCUGUUCGACCUGACCUUUUACGACUGCGUGCUGUAGCUCAUGGUCUGGUAACAUGGCAGACGAUUCGCCCGACACGCGCCUGGUUGCAGGCUCGCCUGCCCACCUGUUUGACAAAUGGUUUACUUAACUAUUUACGUCGGUAUUCCUCUUCAAUGAUGGUAGCAGCCUCAGCAACCACUGCCAAAUCUAAUCUUAUUGACUCAGGGGAUGAUGAGAAUAUCGAAAAUCGCUGCCCCGGCUCCAUUGUGCUCUCGUCGAACGUAGGUGCAGCUGCCUGGCCGACAGGCCGCAAAGAGCACGGUGAUGGACUCUUCAAGAACCCUCUAUCAGAACCAAACUUGAGCCUAGCGAUAGGAGGAGAGGAUGUUGAGAUUAUUCUGUAA